UGAACCCGUGCACCCUUUUGUAAAUAAGACGUCCUGCCGGUGUAAUUGCUCGGUGGUAUGCAUGUAAUACCGCCUCCAUUUUCUGUUCUUGGCUGCUGAAAACAACUCGUGUGAAACACGCGUUUGCAGGUAUUGCGAGCUUACAAAAUGUUAGCUGUGAAGACUGGAACCGAGUGGGUUUCGAACCUGUUCGCUGACCAAGUGGACUUACACCACAAACUGCUAAAGGCUCUCUCCGCGGCAGCGGCCUGUGCAGUGGUUGUCGACGUCGUACGAAGGCUGCUGGGGGUCAGGCGGCUUUACAAGAGACUGGAGGCGUGUCCGACGGCACCGGGCUUCUCCUGGAUCAGUGGGUCUAUGGUUGAGGUACCAAAAGACCCCGAAGGACGACUCGACUACGAAAUUAGGAUGGUAAAGCAAUUUCCAAAGUGCUACGUCAUGUGGUUCGGACCCAUGAUCCCGAUGCUGAAGGUCCAUCAUCCUGAAACAGUGAAGGUCAUUCUAAAGAGUCUAGAACCCAAGAACCAACACAGUGGUGGAUAUAAACAUCUCCGGCCCUGGCUAGGGGAGGGGCUGUUGAUAGCCGACGGGGCGAGGUGGGCCAGGUCAAGAAGACUGCUGACCCCAGCUUUCCACUUCGACAUUCUCAAACCAUACGUCGCCAUCUACAACCAGUGCUGCGACAAACUGCUGGAGAGGAUCGACAGAUUCGCAGAGUCUGGGGAGAGUUUCGACAUCUACAACCUGAUCACUCACUGUACCCUGGAUAUCAUUCUUAGGUGCGCCAUGUCCUACGACAGCGACGUGCAAAACUUUGGUGAUGCACACCCCUAUCUUCAAGCCGUGAAGGAGAUGCUGGCGACGACUAUUUUAAGAAUAAUGAACCCUUUAUUAAAUCCAAACUUCAUCUUCUAUCUCACAUCGCACGCGACAAAAUUCUUACAGAACUGCAAGUAUGUGCACGAGAUUGCCGAAAACAUCAUAGAAACUCGUAGGAAAGCACUGGAAACGGGUGGAUUGUCACAGAAGCAGCAGCACCUUGAUUUUCUCGAUAUACGGUUUUGAUUGCUGACAGGCAAAAACGGGUGGAUUGCUAAAGAUGAAAACGGAGUAGGACUCACCAAACUAGAAAUCAGAAACGAAGUGGAUACUUUCCUUUUCGAAGGUCACGACACUACUGCCAGCGCCAUUUCGUGGACGCUGUAUUCGAUGGCGGAACACCAGGAAUUUCAGACCCAAAUUCAGGAAGAGCUGGACUCUGUUAUCGGAGAUAACCCGGUAGUCCGCUGGGAGGACCUCUCUGAGCUGAAUUACCUGACCCGCUGUGUGAAGGAGAGUCUGAGAUACCACUCCCCAGUUCCGUUUGUGUCUCGCAGACUGGCUCAAGAGAUGGUCUUUGACGGGGUUUCGUUUCCAGUGGGCACCGUCAUCAUCAUCAGCGUAUAUGGUCUUCAUAACAACCCACAUGUCUGGUCCGAGCCAGAGGUCUUUGACCCGGACCGGUUUUUACCAGACAAUAUUUCCAAGAUGGACCAGUAUGCCUUUCUGCCAUUUGUUGCUGGCCCAAGGAAUUGUAUUGGCCAGCAUUUUGCAAUGAAUGAGGAUAAAGUGGUUGUAGCAAGAGUUCUGAAACGAUACCACAUGGAAGUUGACCCUACCCAUGAAGUUAAACGAGCACCCAUGGGUAUCAUGAAGGCUCAGACCGGUCUGUGGGUGAAGGCCACUCCCAGACACAGACACUGAUCGGAGGCGGAUCUAGAGGGGGGCAGGGGCCCGGGGCCCCCCUCCUACAUUUUUGCGACAGUUAUAAUUUUAUUAUAUAUUCAUUUUGAUUUUUUUUACGAUCCUUUCCAAACCUCCCCCAAAGUUCCAUUGGCAUUCUGCCUGAUGUCAUUGCAGUGGCGUAGCCAGGGGGUGGGAGGGCAGGGCGCCAUGCCCCCAACCCAAUCCCGGGAAAUUUUUACCUUUUCACUUAUUAAUAACAUUAAAAAGGUUCCUGUGUCAUAUACCACUACACAGGUGCCCCUCCCCAAUACAAAAUCCUGCCUACGCCAACUGUGCCAUAGCCCCCCCCCCCCCCCCCCCCCCCCACUGAUGAUCACCGACAAUAUACAGAUUAUUGUACAGAGAUCAUGAUGAGAUAAUUGUGGUGACUUCAGAACACGUCUGGCCUACAUGCACUUGUGCGUUCAACCAGCCGUUUUUCGCUGAACGUUUAUGAAUUAUUCUGACUGAUUCCCGAAGUGGUAAUUUGCUUUAUUGUGCAGUAUGGAAAUGAGUGUAGAAAGCGUUGGCGACAAACGGCUGACUGAACUUAGGCUUGAGGUAUGGUCAGGAGAUCAUUUAUUAGACUGGUGUUUUGUGCCUAAAGUCAGAUGAAUGCUGUAUGAUAGAAGACGAUGGUACCAGUUAACUAAAUCUGCGAGUACUAAGCAUUUUCCCCUCACGGACAAGAUUGGAGCGAGACAUAGCCCAGUGGUAAAGCAUUCGCCUGAUACGCGGACGGAAAGAAAGAAGUGUUUUAUUUAACGACGCACUCAACACAUUUUAUUUACGGUUAUGUGGCGUCAGACAUAUGGUUCAGGACCACACAGAUUUUGAGAGGAAACCCGCUGUCGCCACUACAUGGGCUACUCUUCCGAUUGGCAGCAAGGGAUAUUUUAUUUGCGCUUCCUAUACGCGGACGGUCUAGGAUGAAUCCAUGUUUGCUAGCACCAUGGGCUAUUUCUCAUUCCAUCCCUUGAUGUACCAGUCGUGGGUUAUUGGUUGAGACAGAACAGGAAACCCCAAAUCCAUAGAGCUCUGAGGGCGAUCGAUACUGCAAGAUAUCGCAUCCCAGACAAGUGCUUUAUCACAGAGUUGUACCCUCAGCCAUAUUAAAGUCGAAGAUCAUGUUAAAAAUGAACACAACACAAACACGACACUUAAACUAGCUGAUGAUGGUACUAAGGAAUAAAGUAUAAUAACAUUAUGUAUCUUUUUUCCAGAGCUGAACAUGAUGCCAAAUCGUGCCAUUUUAUUGCAUUCCACAUAAUAUUGGACUUUUGUUUUUCCUGCAGGUCUUAUAGCCCUAUAAUAACUGGCGGUAGGUAUAUGGCAAAACGAUAUAAAAA